UGUGAUGAGAAGCUUAAUGCUUCUUUUCUCCAGGCCGAUACCGUGAUGAUUGUUUUGAGCAGCAAAUGCGGCCUCGAAGAUGCACGUAGCAGUUUUGUUGCAGCAGUUUGUAAAGCCGCACUGCCCUCAAAUCAUCCCCUCAGUUUUCAGUCUACGAGUGAUAAGGCACGCACAUGCAAGGAGACGGAGACGCGUCUGCUGUGGUUCCCGGCUCAUGUGGUCGUCUAUGCUGACGAACGCCUAUCUUGA